AUGCCUCGCCUAAGCUCUAGCCUAUUGCUCGUUCCUCGCCCAUCACCCACACGGCUUGCCAGGUAUACUCACAGGCACAGAUUAAUCGAGGUACAGCUCACGGCAGACAUCCCAGGAUUGGGAGCCUUUGGCUCCGUACAGACGGUCAACCCCGGACGCAUGCGAAACCAACUAUACCCCAUGGGCCUCGCAGCCUACAUCCGCCGAGGAGGGACCCCUAAACUAUUAGAGCGCCCCCGAGACCCCAAUGCACCUCUCAUUCCGGAUAUAGACUUUGCCGAACUGGAAUUAAGUCUCCGCGAAUUGCCCAACCUAGUCUUUCGCCGUCGCGCAAUGAAAAAUGCCUCAACCCCCCGGCAUGCGCAGACCAAUGCUCCACUGGGUUCUCGGGCAAUCUAUGGAUCCGUCACGCAGGCGGACGUAUUGCAGCGGCUAUCAGAUUCGCAUCAUCUCACGCUUCUUCCACCCAACGCCCUACUUGAAUUCAAUGAUGGGAGCUCCAAGCUCAGGUCGACAGGAAGUCAUAGGGCUAUUAUCAAUUUGAGAAAUGGUACCAAGGUUCCUCUAACCAUCACCAUUGAAGGUGAUGAUUAA